AUGCUCAGAAGCAGCGUCGUAUCGGGUUACGUGACGGCGGCAGGGCGUAGGCGCUGUCAGGCGGACGACCUUGACGACGGGCCGUACGAAGGAAGACGAGCGAGCAGCUAUCGCCGUAGCGAUACUGCGGGACGGCCGCCGAGGACGAUGCGUACGCGAUGGGACGAGCGAUCGCGAGACGUUAAUGGCCGCCGCCCCGGGCGAAAGGAACAAUAA